UUGGUUUAGCUGAAUGAUAUUCAUGUAUCUUUGCCAUUGUCGCAAAUAUUUUUUAUUAAAGUACAAAAACGCGAAAUUUUUAAUUCAACAAUAGCUGUGAAUCAUAAUUCUGACGUUUACCGAAGGAUUUCUAAAUCGAGAACUUUUCAAUAUUAAUAUAAUUUUGGAGGAAGUUGAGUAAUUGCAGCUUCAACUUGUGAUAAUGUUCGAGAACACACCGUAAAAGUCAUUGAUCGUACAAACGUCGUAUAUUUUUUUGUGUCAUUACAAGUGCCACAUUUUGAAGGUUUUCAUUAUAGUUAUAAUAAAGACAGUUGUAUACUUUCCAUUAAUUAAUAGUGUAUCUUAUCGAAAGAAAAUUAAUUAAAGACUAGAAAUAAUGUGCAAUGUAUUUUAAGAUGAAUGAAUGACUGCAACAAUCAACAAAUCAUUACCAAUAAUCAUAUAGCUUGUAAUGAGUUAAUUAUAAAGUAAUUGUUGGAGGACGGUUAUAAUUGAAACCGAUUCCUUCAGAUUGUAAACGAUGGCUGCUACAUUCGAUCAGUAUGACAAAUCAAGUUGGUAUUUUGGUGCAAUGUCACGUCAAGAUGCAUCAGACUUGUUGAUGGGUGAAAAAGAAGGUGGAGUGUUUUUGGUGAGAGAUAGUACAUCAAUUCAUGGUGAUUUCGUUUUAUGUGUACGAGAAGAUAGCAAAGUCAGCCAUUACAUUAUAAAUAAGAUUCAGCAAGAGAAUCAAAUACGUUAUCGCAUUGGCGAUCAAGUAUUCCCUGAUAUUCCAAAUCUGUUGGCAUUCUACAAAUUGCAUUAUUUAGACACAACUCCCCUAAUAAGGCCUGCACCUAAAAAACUUCAAAGGGUUAUUGCUAAAUAUGAUUUUGAAGGCAAUGAUCCUGAUGAUUUACCUUUUAGAAAAGGCGAGAUUUUAACAGUUAUUACAAAGGACGAAGAACAAUGGUGGACCGCUAGAAAUAGUGUUGGACAAAAAGGACUGAUACCCGUGCCGUAUGUACAGAAAUAUGAAGAAGAAAAUCAUGGUAGUACAGAAAAUAAUACAUCUCAUGCAGACUCAAACAGUGGAGGUAAUUCAGCUUCAAAUUCUCUUACGUCUCAAUCGACAGCUCAUGCUGCACUUCAGGAAACAACGCAACAAGUAACACGUCGUUCCAACAUACAGCGAACAUUACCAGCAUUUGCUAAAGUUAAACAGGCACGUGUGCCAAAUGCUUAUGAUAAGACCGCGUUGAAAUUAGAGAUUGGUGAUAUCAUAAAAGUGACUAAAACAAAUAUAAAUGGCCAAUGGGAGGGUGAACUUCAUGGGAAAGUAGGUCAUUUUCCAUUUACGCACGUGGAGUUUGUUGAUAAUGAAACAAGCGAGGAAAAUCGAGAGGCCUAAGAGACAAAAAAUGUUCUUCCAUGCAAAAACAUCUUCAGGUUGUUACCAAUCAGAGAAUGUGUAUAAAAUAUAUCAUCUUAUAUUGCCAUUAGCUAUUGCAUAUACCAAUUAAAGUACGAUUUAUUA